AGCUAUAUAUGCACACUACAAAGGGGAAAGAAUACAUUAAUAAUGAAGAAGAAAACAAUAACAAAGAAGCUUCCUACUGCCUUCCCAAAUCAGCAUCCAAAUGAGUGCAUUAAUGACACGGAUGAGGGUUUCCUUUGGCUGUUUUUUUGGGGAGUGCAUGUCUGCCACAUCCCAGUAAAAAAAGCAUAGGUCCCGAGAGUCAAUGCCCCUCCUUUCUUCUCUCACAAACAAGAGUCAAAUUGUCAAAAGCAUCUCACUCCAGUUCACUCUAUAACCGCGAGUUCAGUUAUGAUAAUCCGCCCUGGUUUACGAGAAAAGAAAAAAAUUUAUCAGAGGAACCCAUCUUUUACCACUGCCAUUUCCUUUCCUCCUGCAGCCUUUGCUCUGUGUGAAUCUAUGUUCUAGCAGAACCAUAUGGAGUCCACGAAACCAGAACCCAUUCCCCACCUGGUGCCCGGAAAACCGGAAUCGGUUUCUCAUCCGGUAUCCGAGAUAAAAGAAGUGGUUUCUCGGCCUCAACUGAAUUUAGAAGAUCUGGGGGAAGACGCUGAUUCAGAUUCUUCCCCGGCUAGUUCCAGCCAAAUGGAAUCCAAAAUUCCACAGCCCAUUUCUCCUCCGGUGCCCGGAAAACCGGAUGAUCCCGUGCUUAUGAAAGAAGAAGCUGGUUCUCAAGAGAAUUUGGAAGGAACCGGAAAAGCUGCUGCUUCAGAUUCUCCGCCAGCUUGCUCCAGCCGAAUGGGAUCCAAAAAACGUGUGCUCAUUCCUCAGCCGGUGACCGGAAAAUCGGAGUCUGUCUCUCAUCAUCCGUCGCCGGAGAAACCAAGAUCAGUUUUUGACUGGAGCUCUAAAGAAACCCACAAAGAAAUUGCUUCAGAUUUUUCUCCGGUUAGCUUCUUCGAGAUGGAAAAAUGGAAACAGGACCCGGUGACCGGAAAACUAGAAACCGCUGUUUCUUCAUAUUCUUGCCCAGCUAGCUACGAAGAAAAUUCAACCACUAAUAUUCACAAGCACACUACCAGCGGAGAUGGUAUUACUGAUAUACAAUAUUCUCCGCCGGCAGAAUCGGUGGGGGAGGAUGUGGCGGGGCAGGAGGCGGCUGGGAAGAGGUCGGGGGAACAGGAUUCUUUGGCCUUGGUGAAGAUUGAUCAGUACGGCGCCGGAGACAUGGACGGAGGUGGUGCGGGAGGAGGAAGAGGCGGCGAGAACAGGCGGCGGUUGAAGGAGAGCUUGUCGGAGCUGAGGAAGUCGGAGAGGCAGAAAGCGAUGAAGAAAGGUGCUUUGAGCUUUAGGGUGUUUGGAUUUGUGUUGUGUUUGGCUUCGUUUUCCCUGAUGGUGGCUAAUCGGAAGCAGGGCUGGGCUAUGGACUCUUUCGAGCUUUACAGGGAGUUCAGGUACUCGGUGUCAGUGAAUGCCAUAGGAUUUGUAUAUUCAGGAGCACAGGCAAUUGAUUUGAUUUACCACUCUGCAACUGGAAAGAAUGUUUUCCAGCACCCUUUCCGCUCUCUCUUUGAUUUCUUGGUCGAUCAGGUGAUAGCGUACCUUCUAAUAUCUGCAUCGUCUUCGGCUAUCACACGAGUUGAAGAAUGGCGAUCCAAUUGGGGAGAGGACAAGUUCCCAGAUAUGGCAAGUGCUUCUGUGAUCGUUUCCUUCAUCGCCUUUGUUGCCUUGGCAUUUAGUUCUCUCAUAUCCGGUUAUGCCCUUUGCACUCCCAAAUCUGUGCACACAUGAGUGAUCACAAUUCACGACUUGCAAAAUGUACACUUUUUUUUUUCUUCACAAAUUUUGAAGUGGUCAAAUUUUGUAUAUUUAGGGCCUGUUCUUUGUUACACCAUUCUGGUCAUCUAUGAGCCAAAUGUUAGUUGUGCGUAUGUGUGUGUGAUUGAUAAGGUUCUUUGUGUAAUCAACCUGAUACAACCAUGUAUGAUUUCUUUAAAACGAAAAGGAAAAAACAAAAAAUUAUCGUAGCAUCU